AUGAAAAAAUGGAGCAGAAAUCUAUUAUUUAUUAUUUUAUUCAUCAAAUGGGUUACUGUAAGUCCCAAAUUCUCAAAAAUAUUGAAUUUAAUUCGCUUUAUUAGGCUCAACAACUACAACAGCAACAAUCAAGAGGAAUACCUGCAUUUCGUGUUCCAAUUUCACAUAAUCAAAGAUUGAACUUGAGGUAAAUAUUUUCGAAAAAAUAACUAUCAGAAAAUAUUGUAAAUUUUUGUUCCAAACAUGAACUGCUUUUAAUUUUUUCAAAUCAUUUUCUAUACAAAAAAAAACAAGAAAUGAGAUUCAAAUUUUACUGAAAAGAAAAGUUCACGGUUUUUGAUUUUAUCAAAAAAUGGAAUAUAUUUUGUUUCUCGAUUUUUGUCUAUGACUAAUUUGAUAAGAAUUACAGUGACAUGACAUAUGUUAUAAUAAAUUAUAAUUGAUAAGAAUUAUCAUCGAGGCUUUAAUAUAGUAGAUAGUUUGAUCAAAUAAGAUUUUUUGGAUGCGUAUCUGAGAACCUGAGGGAUUUUAAAUAAAAUUAUGAAUGUAAAAUAUUCGGUUUCGUUCUGGAUUACUUAAGUCUAAAUUCAAUUGGAACAAUGCAUAAUGUAAAACACACAUACAUGAUAAAUAUAUUAAUUUAUUUUGAAUAUUUCAAUUUUUGACAACAUGCGUUCGAAUCUUCAAAAUUUCCCACGUGGAUUUUCAGCGCUCACUUUAAUUGUUCUCAAAGUGAUCCAGACACCUGUAUUUAUUCCAACAACAGUUUCAAUUUUUAGACCUCCACCACCUCAACCACCUUCUCCAGUUCGACAUUUUCAUCGACAACAACAACGAUUCAGGUUGAUUUCAAGACCUAACAAUCAUAAUAAUAUGCAAAACAGUAAUAAUAAUAAUAUUAAUAAUCGAAUGAUCAAAAAUGUAAAUAAUAUAAAUAACAAUAAGAAUCAAAUAUUUAACCAACAACUUCAUGCUAAUCAAUUUCUUCUUCGAACAACAACAAAUAACACACCAGCAGCUGAACUAACUCAUCGAAUUUAUCACAAUCAUCGACGUAUAUCACGCUUUCGAAAUGGUAUUCGAUUUGUUUUUCCCAACAACAUUUCCAGACAAAGACAACUUCUGCCAUCAACAACAACUUCACAACAAUUUCCACCGAAUCAAGCAAUAUCUCGAAAUCAAGCAAUUAUUCGACAACCAAUUCAAGUUCGAAGAAAACCAUUGAUAACUUUGACAAAACCUGUUGAAACAAUAAUGAGACAAUCUCAACAAAGAAUAAGACAUCAACCAAUUCAUGCAAUUCGAACUAAUAAUCUACGUAAUUCAAAAAUUAGAAAGAAUAGGUAACCAUUUUAUUUUUAUUGGGGACUAAUAUUUUUGAAAACUUUUUUCCUAAUAUUUUGAACUUUUCUACUCAUUGGCUAAAACUGAGGGAUAUUUUUGAACUCCGAAACCGCGCGAGUGAUAUAUUUUAAUAUAUUUUGCAGGUUGUUAAGCACAAAACCAUCUCAAAAUCAAUCAACACUUCCACCAACAUCAACAUGUUAGUUCCAAAUAUUAAAACUAUUUUAAAUUAUGAUUCGGAAAAUCAUUACAGUAGCCCAAACAACAACUCUGAUAGCAAGCAGCACAACAAUUCCAACAACAAUUUCAAAUUCUGCAAAACAAGUCAAUGAUAUUGAAGCGGACAUUUUGAGAGCAGUUAUUGGUAAGAAUUAAUAAGUUUCCCAGUGUACAAAAAGAGCUACAUUGGACAUUUGUUUCAAAAUCAGUUUCCACGUUGCACAUUAUACAAUACCCCAUACUGUUCAGGCAUAUGAUGCGGGAUUUUUUUAAUUUUGUAAAAAAUAUUAUUUAUAUGUAGAGUCAAAAAUAUUUUUCUGAUAAUUUUAUAAUUUUUAUUUCAGAUUCUUCAACGACUACAAUAAUUCCACCAGUUCAAAUUCAAUCCUCAACACUUCGAGCAAGAACUCAUCGACUAAAAACUUCAUUUUCUCGUUCGCGUGUUCCAUUUGCACCUCCUCCACUUCCUCCAAUUCCUCUUGAUUCAAUCGAAGCUGCGGUAUUAAAAGCAGUUCUUCAACCACCAAUAACUACAGUAUCUAUUCCAAUAACUCAAUCCACCACCACUCCUAUUUUAUCAACAACUACUACAGUACCAUUACCUUCUUCAUCUUCCCAGAAUCUAAUUACAGUACCUCCAACAUUAUUCCCAGCUUUUGCUUUAAAAAGAAGAAUUGAAUCAACAACAAUUCCAACAACAACAACUAGCAUAACUUCAAUUAUUCCAAAUAUUUCAACAAUUGAUUUUAAUUCAACAAUUUCUUUGCCAACAACAAAAACAUUGAUUGUUGAAGGAACUACAGUAUCAAAUAUAUUGAAUAAUGAAUCGGGAAAAAAUGAAGAUGAACAAAAUGAAAAUUUGAAACUCCGUGAAAUUGAAGAAAAUAUUAUUGCCGGUGAGAAAAUAUUCAAAUUUUAUGAAAAUUAUUUUCUCUCUUUUCUCAAGUGAUUUUGGUAUCUCAAGUUCAAAAUUUUCACAUUGAGUUAUUUGAAGUUUUCCCAAUUUUGUUUUGUAAAUUGUUUUUGGAACAAAAACGACUCAAAAUUUUGAGAAAACUUUUUUUUGGACAAAAUAGUAAAAAAAAUUUUUUUUUCGGAAACUUGAAAGUUAGCUAUUUUGGGACUCUUCGGAUCAAAUUUUAUAUUAAAAAAUUUCAAAUUUUGUUUUUUCAGCACUAAUUUCAUCUUCACCUAUUCCACCCCCAUCUUCUCCUUCUUCCUCUUCUUCAUCAACCUCUUCAUCUUCAUUUAUAAAUGGUCCACCAGGAAUAUCUCCACCAUCAUCAUUUGCUGGAAAUUCAGCCGGUCCACCAGGUUCUCAACCGCCAUCCGAUAAAAUCGUCGAUGAAUUAAAUGUGGCCAAUAAUUUUAUGGAAGUUGCUCAAAAAUUGAAUUUGUUCAAAUUGCUUCUUCAAUAG